AAAUUACAAAUCUGACAAACGAUUGCUUGCGGCCAAAUGACAGGGAAAUUAUAUAUUAAUUACGCACAUCCCUACAUUUAAUAAUUCAAGUAGCACAGAAAUAAACGACUAAACGGUAGUAAAUUCCAGGAACCUUUUUUACAAAGCCAUAGAAAAAAAUGGACAAACAUUCAUUGAAAGGGACUUUGAUUCAUAUGCUCCAAUGUCUCAUUUAUAUCAGCAGUAUAUUUCUGCUGAACGCACAAGAGUACGAUCUACCUCUGAUAAGUUUUUCCCAAAAUCCAUACAAUGUAAAUCCAGGACAUGAAGUCACAAUUCUAUGUUUUGUGGAUUCCCCAAACUCGCCAAUUCAGGAAGUCACUUGGAUGAAAAAUGGUGAACCAUUAACAGCUGAUGAACGAUAUCAAAUGACUACUGGUCCCGGGUCCAGGUUCAGUGAGCUUGUGAUAAAGACCACAGAUAUCCGUGAUGAAGGAAUUUAUACAUGCAAAGCUAGUAAUGAAUUCGGUAUUGGAUCAGCAGAAACUGUUGUUGCAGUAACGACUGUCACAGAGAGUGUUGAUUCAUUCGGAAAUGGUCAGUUUGAUGUGUUUAGUGGAAUCCAAGGACAGAGAAUCGAAUCCGGGUCUAAUGUAUUUGAUGAAAGAAACAUCAACGUGUUCGGUGAUGCACAAGGAGGCAUGACAGGAAGCCUGUCCUCUCCCGAUCUGCUCACACCUGUCGAUAAUUUGGCCUCUGGGGGAUUGGUUAACACACCCCUCAUUGAUGAAUCGGUGGUUGGUAUCGGUUCUCUAGAUGAGGGUAAGUCACCAAAUAUAGAUGUCGCCACUGGAAAGAAAUCUCCUGUCAUUGAAGAAACAGCUGGAAAAACAUUAACUGGAAAUGCUGCUGAAAAUCCCCCUGUAAAGGAAACAGCAGCAGGAGAUACCGGAAAUAACACCCCUGUAGCAGACACAACAGCAGAGUACGAUCUACCUGUGAUCAGUUUUUCCCAAAAUCCAUACAAUGUAAAUCCAGGACAGGAAGUCACAAUUCUAUGUUUUGUGGAUUCCCCAAACUCGCCAAUUCAGGCAGUCACUUGGAUGAAAAAUGGUGAACCAUUACCAGCAGAUGAACGAUAUCAAAAAACUACUGGUCCCGGGUCCAGGUUCAGUGAGCUUGUGAUAAAGACCACAGAUAUCCGUGAUGAAGGAAUUUACUCAUGCAAAGCUAGCAAUGGAUUCGGUACUGGAUCAGCAGAAACUGUUGUUGCAGUAAACACUGUUACAGAGGGCGUUGAUCCAUCGGGAAAUGGACAAUUGGAUGUAUUCAGUGGAAUCCAGGGACAGAGAGUUGAAUCUGGGUCUAAUGUAUUUGGUGGAAACAAUACCGACGUAUUUGGUGAUGCGCAAAGAAACAUGACAGAUGUCGCCACCGGAAACAAAUCUCUUGCACAGGAAGAAACAACAGGGAAAACAUUAAAGGAAACAGCAGCAGGAGAUACCGGAAAUAACCUUCCUGUGGGAGAGACAGUAACUGGAAAUACAAAACUUGAUGUCCCUGUUGAGAAAGAGAAUACAGGAAAAACAACGACUGAAAAUGCCAAACUCUCAUCCAUUACAGACGUCCUGAAUCCUUCAAAACCAAAUUCUGGCAACAAUCCAAAAACUUCUGCCAAUGUUCUGGAAAAACCUAUUGGAAAAAAGCUUUCUAAACCAGAGACCAAAGAAGCACCGGCUCCUCAAAGAGAUAGAAUUAUUGGCGGUAUCGGAGGAGGAGGUUUUAUCAGCGGCAAAGAACAAGAUUUAACCUGUGCAGCCGAGUGUCGGACGAAUACCGACUCCUGUUACCGCCCUGUGAAUUGCACUCACUAUGAAACAUGCUUUGCACAAGCAGGCAGCCUUUGUGAAUGUACAAAAAUUCGAUGUGCGUUUGGAACUUUCUGGAACACGAUGAUUAACAACUGUGAUUCGGUGACAAGUGUCCAAUGUGAAUCAGAUCCAUGCCGAAAGAUGAAGCCCCUUGAGACGUACCCGAGUGGUAUUAAUUGUAGAAGUUACUAUAAAUGCUCGUGGCAGAAUACCUCUUUACCGCACUGCUGUGACGAGGGGUUUGCGUACGAUGAUACGUAUGGGAAAUGUGUGUCUGACGAAACAUGCGUCAUUCCCUGUUCUGUAGAUUCCUCUACGUUCAAGAACCCAGGCCUAGCUACAACAAAGGCUCCAAAAUACGAAUGCUUCUUGCGUCCAAUAAAAGGCAAACCUACCAAAUAUUGGAAUGAAAGAGCCAACCAGGAACAGGACUGUGCUCCUCCCCUGGUCUAUAGACAGGACAUAUGUGUGUGUGGAAAUCCAUUGAAAUCUAAGAAAGCCCCAGUGGUUGUCAAACCUAAGAAAAAAUGCGACCCCGUGAUUUUCGUUGAUUUCACUGGAAAUACCAUUGUCAACAAAUCUCCUCGUAGACUCUGGAUAGACUCAACACACACACAGAUAACGAAAUCAAGAAAGGGAGCUCAGUAUGGACGCUUCAAUGGACUAACAUCGCGAAUAUCUAGUCCAUAUUUAUCAGGAAAAUCACUUCAAACUUUACUUGCCCGCUUCAGAUUUUUUUCCACUGGUAGUAGAGGACCGGAAUCACAGGUGUUGUUUUCUAACUGUGAAACUGACUCAGUCAGGUGGAAUUCUCCGGAAAUUAACAAAGACUUGUCUCCAUCCGUGGCAAUUAUUCUUAAUCGGAAAAUGAACAAGCUCAUAUUUUUAGCUUCAACGGAAGACGGGGCAGCGGAUCAAGUGAUGAUGCAAUUACCUUAUAAGAAAAACGAUUGGAAUAACGUUGAACUAAUGUUUGAUGGAUCGAGAUUAAAAGCCAGAGUGCGUGUGGUGGGGACCGAAAAACAAGCUAUCGAGUUCAAUAAUUCCACAACCCUCACAGGUCGACUGACGCCUGCUCAGAAGUCAAUGCAGGUUGGUCGCUGCAAUGAUAAAGAUGGAUUCUAUGGUUAUAUGGACAUGGUCAAGAUUUACGACUGCAUCCCAUGACAAUAUUCCAUUUCAUAGUCUCGGUUUACUGUUAUAAUUUAUGCUUUUUUUUUUUUAAACAUUAAAAUGUCCCAUUCUUUCUUUCCUUAGGCGUUUUAUUUAUAAAUGGUUUGUUGUUUAGAUCAAUAAAAAAAUGUGAUCAUUA